AUGAAGAUUAUGCGCCGUAUGGGCCAGCCAGGUGAGAGGGGUUCAGCCGCAGGGAGUACUGCAACCAGCUCGGCUGUUCCUUCAAAAACCGCUUCCGAAUCAGGAGGAGAUGGAACCAAUGAUGAAGAUCGAAAUGGUGGCACGUCAUCGACUGGAGCUACGCCAUCCAGAGAUCGUGCCAGUCUAACAAGAGAAGAGCGCGAAGCUAAGUAUCAGGAAGCACGAGAGCGGAUAUUCAGGGACUUCCCUGAAUCCAAGUCUACUGAUACUGGCAGCGGAGAACAAAGUGCCGAUGUGUCAAGAUCAAGCUCUAGGACAGGACGUAAGAAGGCACCCAAGCCCAGGUCCCCCAAGGACGAUGGUUUUGAGGCUAGAUCACAGUUCAAUGCGUACUAUACAUCACCUCAGCUUCCGGGCGGACCGGCGGUAUACCAUAACACUGCUCACCACGGCGCAAUACCGCCUCAAAACUAUUAUGUGAUGGCUCAGAAUCCUCCUGGUGGUGGGAUGCAUCAUUACCCCCAGCAGAUGAGCCCUUCUGGUCAUGGACCCAUGUAUGCUCCAUCCGGUGGUAUGAAUGGGUUCCCUUCUUAUUCCGGACCGCAAACGCACCCGGGACAAAACAAUUGGCAGCAAAGCGGCGGCCACCAAGGGUACAAUCAAUAUCAACACCACCAAGCUCAAGUAUCACCCAUGAUGGCUCAGCGUUCUGCCACUGUCCCAUCACCAAGGGCACCCGCGUAUUCCACCCCCAACCACUCACAGUACCCGCAACCGACUCCAGGCUGGACACCUACCCCUUUCCAGCCUGGAUACCCUCCUCAGACCAUGGCGCGUUCCCCUCCAGUGCACUGGCCGAACAUGCCUCCCAACGCAAUGGCAGCCGGUCAGGCUCCUUACAACCAGGGUAUGGGCUCCCCACAGCCCUUCAUCCCCAGCAAGCCUGCCCAUCCGGCUCCAGGCAGCUUUUCUCGUUCGCGAUUCAGUCCUCAAAGUAGAUCGUUUGCUCCAACAAGCAACUCACAAGCCGGCUAUUUCGGUGGUGAUUCCCCGUCUCCUCAAUACACCAGUCCGCAUUUCAAUAACCAUCCACGCUCAAAUUCCAGGGACUCAAAACCGGGGAUGAACCCUUCUCCUCCAUCACACUACUUUAAAUCCAAAGGCACACCGCCCAACAUGGUGGGCCAGCCUCAGCAACAGCCAGCUUACGGUAGACAGACUGACACCCAGACUCAUGACUCGAUCGCCAAAUGGGGCACUCCAUCACAUCUGCCACCCAAACCACCGCCUCCUGAAACUCCCUAUACUUCUGACGCUACGAACCCGAAUUCCAAUCGCCCUGUUGGCGUCACCUCUCCUCCACAAGCAUCUAAACUACCGCCGUCCGAGACGAAGACCGCUCCGUUCGUGGUGUCCGGCGCUUCCAGCAGCGAGAAACAGUCCCAUAGCAACCCUUCUUCAUGA